AUGGACUUUGACACUCCUCUCCGACCGAAGAGCACACCAUUUCCAUUUACCGAGCAUCAGAGAUCAUAUGCUCCUAUGGACGACUCGGAAAAUGACUCGGGAUCGCAGAUGGAUGAUGCCAGUGAUUCGGAGAUCACGUUGUUUGACUCGGUUUACCAAGCCGUGCCCAGCAUUGGCCUGCAAGAUCUGCCAAUCGAGGUCCUCGAAGCCAUCUUGGACCAUAUUUUUGGGUUUCGGAUAUCCCCAACCUCAAGAAGCGGCAUGGAAGUAUCAAGCAUCCGCAGGAGCUGGGGGACUGCCAUGCGCCAUGCGAGGAGGAGACAGUUGACGGAGCUGGCCUUAGUUAGCCAAGUAUGGAGAAUCCUUGUGCAGCAAAGGCUCUACAGGCACAUCAAGCUCCAGGGGACAUACGACUCACUGGAAGGGGCGAUGCUGCACUUUGCCCAGAAUCAGCAUCUCCAGCCGUAUGUAAUGCACAUGGAGAUAUGGUUCCCAGUAUUCCAGCCUUCAUAUGGUCGCCUGGUCAUGUCACCCAGCCUAAGCCUGCCUACUGUGACGACUGAUGGUCUAACGAAUGCCGCUUACGUGUUGCCUGGGAACAAUUGCACCUUGGAGGGAGUUUUCCAGUUCGUGGCAGCCACCCUACCCCAUGUGCAGGUGUUGUCGUUGGAGGGAGGUGAACGACGCAAGGCGCCCAAAGUUCAUCAUUUCCACAGCCGGGACAACGGCAGUGCAGGCCCGAGAUCAUUGACCCCCAUAUCUUCCGUUUCGACCUUGAUUACGAAGGGCCAGUGGAAUUUGAUGCGUGACAACGAGGACUUUAUGACCGUCCUUGGCGCGUUACCGAAUUUGACACACUGGGACGGUUCGUACAGUAGGCCCAAGUCGAAGUCUUAUAUCACCCUCUGCGAGUUUCUGCCCCAGCUCCCACCAAACAUCUCGAAUCUCAAGCUCUGCCUCGAAACCGAUUAUCGACGGGAACCUGUAAUGCCAGCAUUCUUUUCCAAGGCCGCUGUAAAGAGCCAUUUUUGCAGUGUGAUGGCCGCCAACUUGUCUCAGCUCGAGCACUUGUCCUACACAGGCCGUGUCUGCCACAUGUUUCUCGAUACCGCCAUGCGAUCUGUCGAUCCCCGCAACACCAGGCUCAAAUCGCUUGAUUUGACCGUCAAGAAUUGCUGCCGCCCUCUGGCUAGUUUCCACGAGUCUGGAUCAGGAAUCCAGGAUAUGGGCUUCAUCGAGGCCUUCGAAAAGCUUGUGGUGUCCGCUGUUCGUUCGUUGGCCGUACUAAAUCAAGUCGAAUACAUGAGGAUUCGAUUUGUGGACCUGGAUUCCGUACUGCCAGCCUUGAACCCGUUCUUCCUCUUGCAAAACGGUGUUUGCUCGGGUUUAUGGAGCGAGCGAAUCAUCAACGAGAUGAACCGCGCACGUCCGCAUGUUACCUUUGUGGAGCUGAGCCACUCGUUUGGCAACAUCAUAUAUAACAAGGAGGGUCGCAUGGUGGUUUCCCCAGACAACCCCUGCCAGACCAAGAUUACAUCUCUGAAAGUUGAAAAUUACCGGCUGCUCGCGAACCGAAUGACGAUCCAUUGA